UAUUGAUCCUCUCUGGCUGGAAGGCUUCCUUAUGUGUUUUCACAGGCAGAAUCCCAAGUGUACCUGAUCCAGAUAUCCUGCGCACUUACUUGGUGAACAAGGACGCGGCCGCCAUUCCGAAGAUUCCCGUGAGACCUCGUGCCGUUAGCUUGCAAACUAAGAUGGAUGUCGCGAUAGCAAUUGAACAGAUGCGAGACAGAACGACGCUGACCUCGGAGGUUGAUGUCGCGGAGAGACAAGAAGUCAACAGGCCAAAGGGACUUCUCAAGGAAUUCCUUUACGACAUGAACCCGAUCGGUGAAGAGGACUGGAGAACAGCGAGCCGCUUCACUAAAUUCAUUUUGAUCAUACGCUCGCCGGUGAUGUUUCUCCUCCAGUUGUUCGUCCCGGUAGUGAACGUGACCGCGGUAAAGAGAGGCUGGUCGAAAUUGUUAAAUUGCUUCCAGCUGUGCGUGACACCGACGAUGACGUUGUUUCUAUUAAACGGUUAGUUGUAUUAAUUGUCGCGAUUUCUACGCCACGCCGGGCCGUUAUAAAUUGCCACCGCUAAUAAAAGCUGGCCCGGCGAGAUUUUUGCGGGGAAAAAUUUCCCACCCGCGAUGAAAUAUAAGCUUCCACUUUCCUUUUUUUUUUCUCUCUCUCUCUUUUUUUUUGUAACGCGCGCCAACUGCCCGCUGUUUGUUCGAAAUUAAAGUCAACUGUCACACGAUGUUUAUACACCGUUUUCAUUUAUCUACUUGGUAGCUGCUGCACGUCCGGUGCGAGUAAUUUUGCAUUAAAUAAAUAAU